AUGGAUAGGAAAAACAAGGACAUCAUUGUUGGCCAUGCCCACNAUUUGGACAAAGAUGAACAGUGUGUUGUAUGUGGAGACAAAGCCACAGGGUACCACUACCGCUGUAUUACCUGUGAAGGCUGCAAGGGUUUCUUCCGACGGACCAUUCAGAAAAAUCUGCACCCAACAUACUCCUGCAAAUAUGAUGGCUCCUGUGUCAUCGAUAAGAUCACUCGCAACCAGUGUCAGCUUUGCCGAUUCAAGAAGUGCAUUGCCGUUGGCAUGGCCAUGGACUGUAAGGGCUUUGCGCCCACUNGAAGAGGAUUAAUCUAUACAGACAGAAGUGGACUAAUUUGUGUUGACAAGAUUGAAAAAUGCCAAGAGACCUAUCUGCUGGCAUUUGAACACUACAUCAAUUAUCGNGAGUUGAUCCACAUCGCUACAGAUGCACACUGCAGUACCAACGCCCAAGGCAGCCAUUGGAAACAGAAGCGGAAAUUCCUGCCUGAAGAUAUUGGUCAGUCACCAAUGGCCUCCAUGCCUGAUGGGGACAAAGUAGACUUGGAGGCAUUCAGUGAAUUUACGAAGAUCAUCACCCCUGCCUAUUCAUAUUUGGGGGGAGAGAAAGAUUAUUCCCACACCUCCUCUCAGUGUUUCUUUGCCAAGUAA